GACAGCUGUCAGCUAACUUCAGUUUGAUAUUGAUAAAUUGAAACUAUCUAGAAUCUGACAGCCAACUUCACAGCAGUUAUAAACUGUCAAGCGCGCAUAGCUUCAGGUUAUAGAAAAAAAAAAAUUAAAUCUAAAGUAAAGCUGAGAAGAAGCCGAAGCUGGGUCUCUAUUUUAUUGCUAUCAAGAGGCAGGGGCACUUGUGUCGAAUUCUGUAUUUAUAAACAAUUAACUCGUCAGCUACACUUGCCGCAGCAACUAUAAUUUAUAUUAAUGGGACGUGUGUGUUGUUUUGUUGGUUAUGUUUGUCGUUUGAAAUUUUUAUUUAGUUAAUAUUUUAUCGAUUUUUUGGACACCAAACCUCGAAAAUGGUGCGCUCCUGUUCACUGAGAAAUUGUAAUAAUUCAGUGAGACAAAAGUACCGAUUUUUUUUAUUACCAUCAGUUAAAAAAGUUGCUAAAAGAGCUGCGUGGUUACAACAAUGUGAUUAUUUAUUAACAGAACCACUUCCUACUAGUGGUAAUUCAAUAUCUCUCUGUGAAGGUCAUUUUGAACCGGACCAAUUUGUAGAAUACGGACCAAGCGUCCGUACAAUUUUAAAACCAACUGCAAUACCAACAAUUUUUACCAAAAACCCUCCACGUGUGAGCGACGCGGUGGAAUUGUGGUACGAGCGUGAAUACAAGCACAACAACACACUGUCAUUAUUGAAUGACCUGACAGACGAUUCUAUAAUCUACAAUAAUGACAACCAGGACAACGAGGUUGAACUCCUGGAGGAGCUGAACGACGACAACGGGUUCGAGUAUGUAGACGUGGAAGACACUUCGCCUAAGCGAGUGAAAUUGAUACGCAUCCAGAGGAACAAAAUGCAGAUCGCGACGCCGCAGGGUAUUAAAAUAAUUUCGGCCUCGUGCAAGACGCAGCUGAACAACAUCAACAUGGCAGAGCACACUCAGGUCGAGCACUUCGAGGAGGGUCUUUCGCCGCCCUCGAGCAACGACAUGGAGAACGUCGACGACAACUCGAGCUCCUUCGUCACGAUGAGUGGCAAGAGGUACUGCUUGGACGUCGACAACAAGCGGGUGGCGUUCAAAAUUUCCGGGGACGGAUCUCUGGGUCUCGAGUCGCUCGAGUCCGAGCAUGACCAGGCUGAGUAUGACCAUCACCCGGAGAAUUACAACCAGGAUUCAGAAAAUUACAAUUAUAUCGAGAGCAUUAAUUCUAAUUUUAAUUCUAAUUAUAAUUGUUAUUCCAACAAGAGGAAGGUCGUAAAUUCGACGUUUAAAAAACAACACAAGUAUGAAAUUACUCCGGUGUUUAUCAAAAAGGAGAUUGUUGACGAUGAAAUUGAUGACAAGUCCAGGCUAAGAGAUAUCAUGCACUUUAAUAUCUCGCAAACUGACAGUCUGGAGUCUAAUGAGGCGCAUGAAGAGUCUGCUAAUGAGGCCUUUGAUUCAGCUUUGUUGAAGAAUUUAAAAACUUCUGACCAUUUUGAUAAUGACAAUGAUAAUGGGAAUUAUAUCAUUAACGAUGAGGAUCAAUUGCAUGAUGAUCAAUCUCAAGACCUGGACAAUGAUAUUGAUUAUUCUCAGCUGAUAAUGAGUGCUUCUGAUUUGCAGAAAAGAGUCAAUGAGCUGGAAAGUGAAAAAGAUAGUAUUAUUAAAAAGUACCGACGAUUAGAAAUAAAAAUGGAAACAUUUCAAAACAACCUCCGAACAUUUUUAAAUGAGGACCAAAUAAAGCUCCUACAGUCUCAAUCUCCGUCAAUGAACACGACAUCCUGGUCAGCAGAAACGCUGAAAAAGAGCGCUAAGAUCCGUUGCAUCGUCGGUCCACGAGCUUACGAGUACUUACGUUCACAAGAGCACUACCCAUUGCCGUCAUUCCGAACUCUGUAUCGUCACCGUGAAAUUUCACGAAUAAACGACUACACCGACGAAAUGAUCCAGGAGCACAUGAACGCGACGAUAAAUCGAGUCGCGAUGGUUGCCGAGGAGUCCGAGGUUUCCGACGCCGACGAAGAAAUCGACGGCGAAAUGGAGUCGGAAAUCCUGGAUAUCGCUCGCAUUAAACAAGAAAUCGCUGCUCAAAGGCCCGAACCUGAAACAGAAAUUGAACAAGAGGCGUUAGUUGAAAAUAAUUCCGAGCCCGAGCAUAUUGAUUUCGAUGCGCUAGAUCCCGAAAUUGAGGAAGAUGAAGAAGAACAGGAGCAAGAAGAAAUCGAUGAAAUCGAAUACGAGCCAAGUACAAGAAAUAUAGUUCAAGAUAUCUUAAUGAAUAUUGAUGAUGAUAUAUUACUGCCAUACGAAGAUAUUGCGGCCAUCGAUGAGGUUCGAUACGUUCCGGAAAAAACAUCCACGUGAAGACUGUUUUUUCAAAUGAAAAUAAAAUUUAAAAUUAAAGUAGUUGUAAAUAUAAGUUACUACUAGGUAUAUUAGUUACUAAGUUAAAAGGUUGAAUGUAUUUUAUAUAAUAGUUGUGUAAAUUAACUAGUGCUAUUUUUUUAUUUGUAAUUUCUAAAAAAUUGCCGGGGAUUUAAUUCAU